AGCAGGACUCGAACCGAUACUGAGAGGAAGAAGCAAAGGUGCCAUGUCUCAGGAAAAAUUAUCUCCUUCUAGCUCAGGUGUUGCUCACCUGGAUUCACUGCAUCCGACUCAAUCAGAAAGCCACGAAAGCCAAAGGAAACGAUCUUAUUGUACAAAUCAUCUGGACGAUUCGUCGCAUGCUACAGUGAAAUGCAAAAGCAAAAGAUGUGUAAACCGCAUACCCUUCAGUUCCUCCAAUACAUCUCAAAUCAGUCCGAGAUUUUGUCUACAACCAGUACACCAAAUUGGCCAGAUCGCAUACCGUGGCGAGUCGACUAAUCUAUCACUCAUCAUGUCUAACCAGGACGGUAACUAUGAUGUGGUCCACGUACCACUCGAAAUGAUGAAUGGCCCCCCAAACAACUAUAGACUUGAUGACCUUGAAAGGGACAGGUUACACCGGCAGGGCGCAUUUCUGCUCCCUCCACGAUCACUGCGAGAGGAGCUUAUCGCAGCGUUCUUCAAAUGUGUAGCUCCAAUGCUUCCCAUCCUCAACAAACACCAGUUCAUGAGGAGAUAUCGAGAUUCAAGUAAACCCCCCUCACUGUUGCUUCUACAAAGCGUUUUCCUUGUCGGAUUAAAGGUCUCGACCAGCUAUCAGCUGCAUGGUGGAGGUCGAUCCAAUGCGGUGGCCAUGGCAGUUUAUAAACGAGCAAAGGCACUCUACGAUGCGGAUUAUGAAAGUGAUCGCGUAGCCGUUGUGCAAUCGUUAAUAUUGAUCGGUUGGUAUUGGGAUGGUUCUGAAGAUGAUUCUGAUGUGACGCACACUGGAUAUUAUUGGACCUGCCUUGCGAUUGCAGUAGCUCAAGGGUCCGGUAUGCACCGCAGUCUCUCGAGCUCACUACUUGGUAAACCGGAGACGAAGCUGCGGAGACGAUUAUUUUGGACACUCUUUACAAGAGAUGUCUCUGGUUCGUUAUCCCUAAACCGUCCACCAAGUAUCAAUAUGCGUGACUGUGACAUCGAACCGCUAGUAGAGGAUGAUUUCCUCGAAGGCGAUUUCGAUGGGCUAGAAGGACAUUCCCACUUCAUUCAUAGAAAUUUCUUUCUCAAAUACGUGGAACUGUGCAAACUUUUAGGUUUGGUGCGAGACCAGAUAUCGAAGCCUGUCCAUAGUCAAUUUUUGGAUAACGUGAUCAGUAUCAAAGUGUCCCAAUGGUUGGAAAGCUGCCCCGAGCAGCUGAUCUGGUCACGAUCGAAACAUGAUUUCUGGUCUGCAUUAUUGCAACUACAUUACAAUGCAACCAUUUGCCUCUUGCACGGCUCUGUAACGAGACCUUUCAUAGAAGAGCAGGUCAGCCCUUUUGCCGAUGGGACCCUCGUUCUCUAUGCUCAAGCUACUUCAUUCCGUGCGUCAGGGACAAUCAUCUCUAUUGUGAAUUGCCUUUUUGACCACGACGAGAUUCGCUUUCUGCCGGCGUCCGCCGUGUAUAGCCUGCACUCUGCUCUGGCUAUACAAGUCCAAGAACGAAUAUCAACAAAUUAUCUCGGCGUCGCUCCGUGCUGGCCAAAAGUUGGUAAUUGCAUGGGUGCUGUGGAGGAGUUGGAAAGAGUCUGGCCGGUAGCGAAGUCUUUGUAUCCACUACUUGGGUCUAUUCUUAAAGAUACUAUAUCAUAGCUAUAGUGAUAUAGCAGAUAAUGUUUCUGAGUUUAAAGGAUAGGUACAAAAGGCUGAAUAAAAAUUACAAAGAGCUAUCUUGGAUGUUAGGCUUCUACAGCCGAGUAUUUUCUUUGUCAGAAACAAUGAAAUUUACUAGAUCACUUAUGUCAUGAUCUAAGGGCUUUUACUGUGGUGAAACCAUUAUGUAUUAUAGAUAGAUGCUCUUUGUCUACUUUGGCUAUAUAGUAGAACCCUAGGUCCCCCAUGUACUACCAGGGACAAUCUUCCCUAUGUUCAGAAUCCACACAUAUCUUAGAUUGUUACAA